UGUGAAGUAAUAGUGUUCUUUGUUGACUGAUGCAGGAUGAUAGAGUUGUUGCUUUUCAAGAUAUCAAUCCAUCUGCAUUAAGGCAUUACCUUGUGAUUCCAAAUGAGCACAUACCAACAGUCAAAGACCUUCAGAGGAGAUCUGAAGACUUUGCAUUGGUCAGUCACAUGUUAAAUGUGGGUCAAAGUCUAUUGCAAAGAGAUGCCCCUAAUGCUGAGCAUCAUAGAUUUGGAUUCCACCAGCCUCCAUUUAACAGCGUCAAUCACCUGCAUCUUCAUUGUUUCGCACUUCCAUUUACUCCCAGAUGGAAAGCUAUAAAAUACUUAUCUUUAGGACCAUUUGGUGGAUUUAUUGAAGCUGAGAAGUUGUUGGAGAGGAUAAAACCAGUAUCUUCCCUCUAACUCUUAUUGAUUACUGAAAACGAGCUUGUUGCUCCUUAUGCCGUGAUGAAUGAACUCAAACAGCUCGUGAGCUUCUAUAUUUAGCUGGGGUGCUCUCUGCUUAGCAUGUUAAACGAGUUUGAGCUAACUUGGAGGCUGUGUAUGCUCGACUCUUGUGGUUGUGUAGUUUAGCUAAAUUAUUUUUAAGUCUUCAAUGAAACUUUGAUUUAUAAAUUGUAAUAUUGAUUUUUAAAUGCUUACUCUUUUUUUAUGGUUUAGAAGCUUACUAGUUCGUGUCUGUACAUUUUUC